CAUACUUUCAUAUAGCUAGAUGCAGACACGGCAACACUGGUACUGGUUGCAACAAGACACGGUAUUUGGAACUAACAAAAACUAAAUUAUCUGUGAAAUUACCAAUUUGUCGGUCCACACAAGGGGCAAACACAGGGACGAAUACACCGUGCAUAAUACCGAAAAGAGAUAGACCCUAUUUGUAGCGGCCUAGACGCAGAAACCUCAUCACAAACACGAGGGGGACGAAGGUACGCGUGGAAUUGAACCGAGCCGGAGGCCACCAGAAAUCUAAUCCUUGUCUCCAAGAGAAGAGUCCAAUAAUGGAUGUAUACGACGUGAGCGAUGAUCUUGUGAAGAAGCUCAAUGAUUGGAAGCUGAUUGGGAUAAUUUCUGGAAAAUUUCGAGAGCUAAAGGAGAAUUACUCCAAAGUUAAUUUUGUGGAACAUGCCCUGAUUGACUUUAAAUACAUGGAGAAGAUCUAUUUAAAUGUGGUCAUGCGGGAGGAUAAAUCGAAUAAACGAAGCGUUGAGUUCCGUAUGCUUGGCAAUGAGCAGUUCUCAUUGAAGAAUCGCAAAUACUUUCAGGCACUGGAACUGUAUAACAAAAGUAUUUGCUUUGCAGAACCGAAUUCAGAGCAUUUGUCCAUAGGUUAUGCCAACAGAUCGGCAGUAUUGUUUGAAUGGAAACGCUAUCGAGAAUGUCUGGCCAACAUAGAGUUAGCACGCAAAGCCAAUUAUCCAGCCCGACUGAGCCACAAGUUGGACAAACGUGAGCGUGAUUGCCAGCAAUUGUUGGAUCAACAGCAACCUGAUGUCCAGCCAUAUGAAUUUAAGCUAGGAUUCGAACCCCAUCCGCAAUUACCGUAUGUUGCCGAUUGCCUAGAGUUAAGGGAAUCCCCGGAUGAGGGUCGUUUUAUUGUGACCAAACAGGAUUUGGUUGUCGGCGAUUUGGUGGCCAUUGAGCAACCGUUUUGUUCCACCCUCCUACCACCCAUGCGCUAUAUACGAUGUGCCACAUGCAAAAUGGAGAACUAUCUGACCCUCAUACCCUGCGACAGUUGUUGUUCGGUUAUGUUCUGCUCGGAGGAAUGCAAAACGAAGGCCAUGACAACAUUUCAUCGUUACGAGUGUCCAAUUAUUGAUUUCCUUCAUCGAAUGUUCAAUAAGAUUCAUGGCAUUGCGCUGAGGACUACAUUGGCUGCCCUUGAAUUGCAUUCAAGCAUUGAAGAUCUGAUGAGCUAUUGCGACAAGCCCGAGAAUCAAGACAAAUGCGCAUUUGACCUGGAUUAUGGCCAAUUGACGCCGCAAGAAAGUUACCGGGCCAUACAUGGCCUGGUGACGAAUCAACAUCUACGCUCGGUAUCCGAUCUCUUUCAGCGCUCGGUUGUCUGUGCGGUGCUAAAGCAUUUCAUCAUUGAGUAUACACCGCUCAAGGAAUAUUUGGGCGGAGAAGAUGGACGAAAUUUCUUCACAGAUCUAUUGUUUCGACACUUGCAGACAUCACCCUCGAAUAUGCAUGGCAUUGAUCUGGUCGAACAGGUGAACGAAACGAAAGACGAUCAGACGCAUUCAUCUGGGGCAUAUGCCUUUCUAUCUCUCCUAAAUCACUCAUGUGCACCAAAUACUUUGCGUAUAUACGAGGGCACGAAGGCAUAUCUUUUUGUGCUGAGACCCAUUAAGGCUGGCGAUGUGCUCUAUGAUAAUUAUGGCGCUCACUUUGCCAUAUUUAGUAAGAAAGAACGCCAGGAGACUCUUUCCAUGCAAUAUCGAUUUAAUUGUAAAUGCGAGGCCUGUGAAUUGGAUUAUCCCACGUUUGUGCGUAUGCCACGCAAGGCAACAGUUCCUUCUGUCAAUGAUGAUCGGGAUAUGAAAUCGUUGGGUGCCUAUAACUAUGAUUUUGCUGCUAGCAAUUAUCGCAAAUACUGCGAUUUUCUCACACAAUAUGCCGCUGCCUAUCCGUGCGAGCAAAUUAGCACCGCUGAGGAAUGCUUGAAAAUGGCAUUGCAUAUUAUGAUGGAUGCAGUGCCUCUUAAGGCGAAAAUGUAAUCUGUUCAGACCUGUCAACAAGGCGCAGCACCUAGCACCCACCACACCCCCAGCCACUCCGCCCCGCCCAACCAUUCACCUUUAAGCAAACAUCAAGAAGCACGGACACAAAAUUUGUUUUUAAAAAAUCUUUUUCGCCCCCCUCCCCAUCGUGUCUUCUUUUCUCUUUCUUAAAUCUUUGUAAUUGUACAUUUCCCUAUAUAUAUAUUUCGGAUUAUUA